GUUCCUUCCGUGUUAACUAUUUUUGGAUUUUAAUUAAAAUUGCAGUAAAAUGACCCAAAAAUGUGAGACAACGAAUUGUGGAAAGGAUGCGACGCUGCAAUGUCCCACCUGUCUAAAGCUGGGCAUAAAGGGCUCAUUUUUUUGCUCACAGUCUUGCUUCAAAGGAUACUGGAAGGAACACAAGGUGAUACACGCUUUAGCCGGUGGUGUUGAGAAACCAACUGGUGAUGAUAGCGUAUAUAAUCCUUGGCCACGUUUUCGAUUUACCGGCAAGUUGCGCCCGUAUCCUCAAACACCAAAGCGGGGGGUACCUGAAGCUAUUGAGAGGCCGGACUAUGCAGACCACCCAGCUGGCCGUUCUCUGUCCGAGGAAGCUCUGCGUGGCACAUCGAUCAAGGUGCUAGAUGACGAUGAGAUUGAAGCCAUGAGGGUUGCUGGACGUUUAGGGCGCGAGUGUUUGGAUGAGGGUGCUAAGGCUGUAGAGGUUGGCAUCACCACCGACGAGCUGGAUCGCUUAGUGCAUGAGGCCGCCAUUGAGCGUGAUUGCUAUCCCUCGCCUUUGAACUACUACAAUUUUCCCAAAUCGUGUUGUACAUCGGUUAAUGAAGUCAUUUGCCAUGGUAUUCCUGAUAAGCGACCAUUGGAGGACGGCGAUAUUUGCAACAUUGAUGUCACGGUAUAUCAUCACGGGUUUCAUGGCGAUCUCAAUGAGACGUUUUUCGUAGGCAAUGUUUCGGAGAAACACAAAAAAUUGGUGCGUGUGACGUACGAAGCCCUGUCCAAGGCAAUCGAGUUAGUGCGACCGGGCGUCAAGUAUCGGGAGAUUGGAAAUGUCAUACAGAAGUAUGUGGCUCCUCACGGCUUCAGCGUGGUUAGGAGCUAUUGCGGACACGGAAUACAUCGCGUUUUUCACACUGCCCCUAAUGUGCCGCAUUACGCCAAAAACUCUGCCGUGGGCGUCAUGGCAGCUGGCCAUUGUUUUACAAUCGAACCGAUGAUAUCGGAGGGUGUACAAAAGGCUGAGUCCUGGCCAGACGAUUGGACUGCGGUCACUGCUGAUGGUCUCUAUUCAGCUCAAUUCGAGCAAACUUUGCUGGUCACCGAGAACGGUUGCGACAUUUUAACGAAGCGUCGCGAAAACAAUGGCCAACCCUGGUUCAUGGACAAAUUGUAAAGAGGCGCGACUAGAAGUUGCAGCUUGAUUUUUAAUGUUUAUUUUGGUUGUUUUUAGCAAUUAAAUAUAGCGUUUCUAUAUCAAA